UGAUGAUAUCCAGAUUGAAGAAAACCGAAAAGGGAAACGAAAAUGGCUUCUUCAAAUUCAGCUACGCAUCUUCUCUCUAUACCCAAAACGGUACCGUACUCAAAACCUAGUGCUUACCGUUUCCUUCAACCACGAAGGCCGUCCCCCAAUCUCCGUUGCUCGUCGGAAAAAUUCUCAAAUAAACCUCUCUUCUGCUCACCAAAUUCUUCAACUCUUCGUGAAAUCUGCCAGAACCACGUGCCGGACCAUGUGCUACGCAGACUGGAAGAGGUUGGCUAUUUAAUGCCAACAGAUGUACAGAUGGAAGCUUUGCCUGUUCUCUUCUCUGGAAAUGAUUGCAUUCUUCAUGCUCAGACAGGUUCCGGGAAGACGCUGACUUAUUUAUUGUUAAUAUAUUCUCUAAUAAAUCCUAAAAGAUCAGCUGUUCAAGCUCUAAUUGUGGUUCCCACCAGGGAACUUGGCAUGCAAGUUACAAAAGUCGCUCGGUUGUUGGCUGCUGCAAGGCAUAUGGAUCCCGUACUGGACCACAAGUCAUAUACUGUUAUGGCGCUCUUAGAUGGAGGAAUGUUGAGGAGACAUAAGAGUUGGCUCAAGGCAGAACCACCUACUAUUGUGGUAGCAACAAUUAGAAGUUUGAGCCAGAUGCUUGAAAAGCAGAUAUUUAAGCUUGAUUCUAUGCGAGUAUUGGUGGUUGAUGAGGUUGAUUUUUUAUUCAAUUCUUCCAAACAAGUUAGUUCUCUUCGGAUGCUUUUAACGUCAUAUUCUUCGUGCAACAACCGUCAAACUGUUUUUGCCAGUGCAUCCAUCCCUCAGCAUAGACGAUUUAUACAUGACUGCAUUCAGCAGAAGUGGACAAAGGGGGACGUUGCUCAUGUCCAUGUCAAUCCAAUUAAGCCAAUGCCAUCAUGCCUACAUCAUAGAUUUGUGAUAUGUGGUAGAAAAGAGAAACACCAACUAUUGAUAUCUUUAUUACAAUCUGAUCUGCCCAAGUCUGGUAUUAUUUUUGUUGGUGAGCAGUCUGAGAAGGCAAAAAAAGCCGGGAAAGCUCCCUCAACAUCUCUUUUAAUUGAUUUUUUGAGGACAUCAUAUGAAGGUUCUUUACAGAUCCUUCUUUUGGAGGAGGACAUGAAUUUUAAUUCACGAGCAGCUUCACUCUCAGAUGUGAGAGAAGGAGAAGGGUAUCUCCUUGUGUGUACAGAUAUUGCAGCAAGGGGGAUUGAUCUGCCAGAAACAACUCACAUAUACAACUUUGACCUGCCAAAAACUGCUGUUGAUUAUUUACAUCGGGCUGGAAGAACAGGUAGAAUGCCAUUUUCAGAUAAAAAAUACACUGUUACCAAUAUUAUUUUGUCAGAGGAGCGUUUUGUUUUACAAAGAUUUGAGAACGAAUUGAUCUUUAACUGUGAAGAGCUUACUUUGGAGAUUCCAUGUUAAAAGUUUGAUUUUAUACAAUUUAUGUGCCUAUUCCAUUGAUGUACAUUUUGG